AUAAGGUGAAAGGAGAACUUUCAAAAAUUUCUUUGCCAGAUAAUUAGACAUAACAAAGGGUGAAAAGAACUGUUGUUUACGGCGGCGCCGGCAUCAACCAGCGUUUCAUCUCAACCCAGCACGGCGGAGAAGAUAGAGAUCACCAUUGAAACCCUAAAAUGGCUUCGAAGAAUGAUAUGAAAUUAUCUAUAUUCACAACAAUCCACAUUUUCGCCACACUUUUCUCUGUAACGUUCACCGAAACCCUUUCGUCUCCCCAACUCCAAUCGACGAACAAUCGCCUCUCGGCGUCCCCGACGAUCUACGAUCUCCUGAAGGCCCACGCUCUUCCCCCCGGCAUAUUUCCGAAGGGAAUUUCGGAGUUCUCGCUUGAUCCGACCUCCGGACGGUUCGAGCUCCGCCGAUCUCGCUCGUGCGCCGCCCAAUUCGAGACGGAUGUGUGGUUCGAUGUGACCGUCACCGGAACCCUAAGCUACGGCCAAAUUUCGAACCUCUCCGGCAUGGCGGCUCAGGAGCUAUUCCUCUGGUUUCCUGUCAACGAGAUAAGGGUGGAUAUCCCCAGCUCUGGCUUGAUUUACUUCGACGUCGGCGUCGUUUCAAAGCAAUUCUCCUUGUCCUUUUUCGAAAUUCCUCAGGAUUGUACGGUUGAUGAUACUGAGAAGCUGUCAUCUUCCUCCCUUCGGUCAUUGCCAUGGCCGCCCCGGGGAAACAUCAUAUCCAUCAAUGAUCGUGGCCGGAUAAUUGAGAACCAAUCAAGAAAGCUAGUGAAACAAAGCUUUCAAUGGCAAGUUGCGGGGCGAGCGGUGUCUUAAAGCGGAUAGAGGGGCGAAAAUGUCCAAAGUGAAACGGGCUUAAGGAUGUGGAUGAAGAGCCAACCUGAUAUGGGUGAGUUUGGCAAGUUUGUUUGGAAGGGGGGAAGGAACAGCUCAAAAAUGAUGAGGAAGGAAUAACAUGGCUAUUCCUUG